AUGGAGGACCAGGCGUCGGUGACGAAGAAGUGCGGGCACAUGGCGGGCAAGGUGCUCGUGUCCACGCAGGAGCACGUCAACCGCCUCGUCGCGGCGCGCCUGCAGAUGGACAUCAUGGGCACGGAGACGGUGCUGGUGGCGCGCACGGACGCGGAGGCGGCGACGCUCAUCAUGACCAACGUGGACAAGCGCGACCACGCCUUCAUUCUCGGCGCCACCAACCCGCGCCUGCGCGACCAGCCGCUGGUGCAGGUGAUGGCGGACGCGCAGGCGGCGGGCAAGACGAGGCAGCAGCUGCAGGCCAUCGAGGACCAGUGGACGGCGGCGGCGGGGCUCCGCCUUUUCGCCGACGCCGUCGCCGACGCCAUCCGCAAGCUGCCGCUGGCGGACGCCGAGAAGGCGCGCCGGCUGGACCAGUGGGCGGCGCAGGCGGGCGCACUGUCGAACGCGGAGGGGCGCGCGCUGGCGGCGAAGCUGGGCGUGACGGAGCUGUUUUGGGACUGGGACCUGCCGCGCACGCGCGAGGGCUUCUACCGCUUCCAGGGCAGCACCAAGGCGUGCGUGGCGCGCGGCAUCGCGUUCGCGCCGCACGCGGAUCUGGUGUGGAUGGAGACGGCGAAGCCGACCAUCAGCCAGGCGCGCGAGUUCGCGGAGGGCGUGAAGGCGGCGCACCCGCAGCUGAUGCUGGCGUACAACCUGUCGCCGUCGUUCAACUGGGACGCGUCCGGCAUGAGCGACGCGCAGAUGCAGGAGUUGAUCCCGGCGCUCGCGCGCAUGGGCUUCUGCUGGCAGUUCAUCACGCUCGCCGGCUUCCACGCCAACGCGCUAGUCACCGACACGUUUGCGCGCGACUACGCGGCGCGCGGCAUGCUGGCGUACGUGCAGGACAUCCAGCGGCAGGAGCGCGCGUUCGGCGUGGAGACGCUGGCGCACCAGAAGUGGUCCGGCGCGAGCUACUACGACAGCCUCAUGAAGACCGUCACGGGCGGCGUCUCGUCCACCGCCGCCAUGGGCCACGGCGUGACAGAGGAUCAGUUCGGCUCAGCAGGCGCUGCCACGGGUGCAUCGCACUUGCUGGCGUCGUUGUAA